AAAGAAGUGAAACUUGGCACUUCUGCAACCAUGUAAACCUCUGUGCAUGCAAGGACAUCCCGCCCUCCCUGCUGCUCUUCCCCCCUGCUCCUGAGGAAGAGCUGCCAGCAAACAGAGCUGCCGAUUCUCACUGCUCCCUUCUCACCCCUGCCAGGAGGGACUGCAGGAUGCGUCUUGGCCUUUGGCUGGCAGCCAGCGCCCUAGCAGCAGUGCUGGGCACAGCCCUGCCUUCAGAGCAGGUGUGUCGGGCACCGGAUGGCAAAGACGGAUUCCCUGGGGUCCCUGGCCUCGAUGGGAGGCCAGGGCAGAAGGGUGAUGUGGGGGAACCAGGGAAACCGGCACCAAGGACAGGCAUCCGCGGACCCAAAGGGGAUGAAGGUGAGCCGGGGCCUCCUGGCAACCCAGGAAACCGGGGCUUCCAUGGUCCACCCGGCCCCCCUGGGGUGCCAGGGCAGCCAGGACCGAGAGGAGCCAAGGGGAAGGCUGGCAAUAUCCUGGAGCAGCCACGUCCUGCCUUCUCUGCCUCACGGAAGUCCCAGACGAACCGGGGCAGCACGGUGGUGUUCGACAACAUCAUCACCAACCAGGAGAACUCCUACAGUAGCCAGAGCGGGCAGUUCACCUGCCGCAUCCCCGGGCUCUACUACUUUGUUUUUCAAGUGGUCUCCAUCGGAGACCUCUGCCUGAGCAUCACCAAGAACAGGGAGCGUGUGGUCAGCUUCUGCGACAACAACAGCCGCAACAUCCUGCAGGUGAACUCGGGCAGCAGCGUGCUGAGCCUGGCAGUGGGUGACCAGGUCUCAGUGAGCUUUGACCCCGUGAAGGGCAGCCAGAUUUACAGCGGCUCCGAGGCAGACAGCGUCUUCAGCGGCUUCAUGCUCUUCCCACAGACGGGCUGACGGGCCGUCAGCCUCAGGACUUGCCAGCCCAGAGCUAAGCUGCUUAGCGUCAGAGCACUGCUGUGUGUGUGUCUCCGUGUCUUUGAGCCCUGCGAGCGUGUAGGAUGGCCUUAUAGCACAGCAAAGGCCUCAGCAAUGGCCUCAAAUUUAACAGCCAGCCAGGCCCUGUGCUUCUGCCAGGAUCACCAAGCAGCCAGGCUGUGGGUGACCACUGCAGUGCCGAGACCAACCCAGCAAUUCCCUCCAGGCUGUGAUGAGCCUGCUCUUGUCUGUGGGAUGCAGGCAGGCCGUCCCGCUGCCUCCUGGAGGCCCCAGUAGCCUUUUCUGCUCCCAACUGCUCAGACCCUACACCAAAGGGGGUCAGUUGUCACCGGGGCUGUUCUCUGGUGCUGUUCCCAAGUGUGAAAUCACCAUGUGCCACUGCUUUUGCUACACUAACCACUGUAAUUGCCUUUCUGGUGCAAGGCCGCUGUUACCUCUCGCAUUGUCCUCAUCAGUACAAAUAAAACUCUUCUUCCCCGACAA